ACUGGAAAUGAGAUUUUCUGUGUAAUUUGAGCACACCAAAAAGACAAUAUGGGAAAUGGAGGACCCUUCUUAAUAUGUUGUGUGCUUCUUCUUGCUUUAAUGGCCGGAGGUCAAAGUGCCACGCCAAGAAACAAGGAAAACUGCACCUACGCAGUUACAAUUGAAACAACAUGCACAAAAGGGGCCGAGACCUCAAACCACAUCAGCCUAAGAUUUGGUGACACAAAUUCAAAUGACAUUGUGGUGAGGCACCUAAAUUCCAAGCACAUAAGAAGGGUGGAUCCAUUGGAGCCUGAGGUCCUCGACGAUGUGCCGAGAAAACCAUUUCAAGUUUGUGUUGUGGAUGAGUUCCAAGUGAAGGGUGCAUGCGUGGAGUCGCCCAUCUGCUACCUCUAUCUCAAACUGAGUGGAGCUGAUGACUGGAGACCUGGUUUUGCACAAGUCCAUGUUUUGGAGGGCUCUCGCUCUCAUCUCAGCUCUGAGUACUUCUACUUUCGAAGGUACCUGCCACGCCGUGUUUGGCAUGGCUUGGAUGUGUGCGAUGAUAAAGAAGUUACUCCUUUUGGGAUCAAGCACAAGAGGAAAGUGUUUUGGAAAAAACAAGUGAAAAAAUUGCCAGUUCCAUGAUAUAGUUCAUUACAAGUUAUCUCAAAUUUUUAUAACCAUUUCAUUGCAUUAUAAAAGAACAAUAAAAGCUGUGUGAGAAAAAAAGUUGGAUUUCUAGCAUUAGCAUUAGGGUCAAUUGUAUUUG